AUGGCGACGGGGGGACCUUUGGACUCCGACGGGGAGCAGGACCCGCGGAUCCGCGCGGACCUGGACAAAGAGAUCCAGGCAGCAGAGGAGACGGUGCAGGCGCUGCGCCACUCGCUCUUGAAGGCGGAGCUGCGGCUGAAAGCCCUACGGCAGCGGCGGAACGGCGGCGGAGCGAGUCAUCCGGCAGAAAGCCAGCGCUGCACGGCGCCCAAGGCGUGGCAGUUUCGGACCGCACGACUGGCCCAGGUGGGCUUUGGCCAGCUGAAGGGCUUGGGAGAUUGGCUGGCGCAGCAGAGCAACAGCUUGCUUCAACAAGCCGAAGCCGCUGGGGAGCAGGAGGCGCAGCUCCGCACCCGGCGGCGGCAGCAGUUGGAGCGACAGAGCGAGGAGCAGCUGCAGCGGGACGCUGAUGCGGAGAGCGAACGUGUGGUACGGCAGCACGCGCUGGAUUUUCUGGAUCAAACCAAGGCCACGGCGCCGUUGGUCUUGCUUUUCAUGGCCAUCCUCUAUGGUGGAAACGUGCCCUUGCUCAAGACGGUGGAGCUUGGCGCGCCCUUGCAACUCACCGGCCCUGAGCUCUUGGCACUUCGCUUCCUCACCUCCACGGUUCGUGACAUGACCAGAAGGGCAGCUUGCAAAGCGGAGGAAGGUGAGGACGGCGUCAGAGCUGUUUUGAUCCCCUCCGUGGAGCUGGCGAUCUGGCUCUUUGCAGGAUCGGGCGUCACGUCGGCGUCCACGUCGGACGUCGAGGCUAUGUGCUGCAAAUCUUGGUGCGGCCUGGCCUGUUUGGUGGACGGUUUGCCAAAGCACCGCUCCGAGACUCGCUGCGAGUCGAAGGAGCUGGUGGAUGAGGGCUUGGAGAAGACCUCGGCGUCCACCUGUGCCGUGGCCUCGGCCCUCACCGGGCCCUUUGUGCAGAUCUUAGAGUUGCUGGUGGAUGGCAAGCAGAUCGCCCCCUUCGUCGCCCUUUGCUCGGCCGGCACCUUUUCAGGUAUUGCGCUCUUCGUCACCGCUCCCAGUUUGACCCAGGCGAUCACGGCUGAGUAG